AUGACGCUGGGGCCAGGAUACACCCCUCGCCAGCUACAGAUCGACGCGGCGCGCCUCAACAACACCCUGCACGAGACGUGCAAAUGGGGGUGUGCACACCGCUGGGGCGACCGGCCGACCGAGACGGGCAUGUGCCGCCUGGCGCUGUCGGACGACGACCGUAAAGUGCGCGACUGGUUUGUGGGCGAGACGACGCGGCUGGGUUGCAGCGUGACGGUGGACACGAUGGGCAACCUGUUCGCCAUCCGCGCCGGCAAGCAAGGGGGCGCGCCCACGGCGAUGGGCUCGCACCUCGACACGCAGCCGACGGGCGGGCGGUACGAUGGCAUCUUGGGCGUCAUGAGCGCCGUCGAGGCCCUGCGCACGAUCCACUGUGCUGGGUACGAGACAGAGUACCCUAUUGCAGUUGUCAACUGGACAAAUGAAGAAGGCGCUCGGUUCUCAAAGUCCCUGCACGGCUCUGAUGUAUGGUCUGGCGGGUACACGCUCAAGGACGCACAUGCGCUCGAGGACGUGGCGCGGCCAGGCGUCACUGCUGCGUCAGAGCUCGAGCGCAUCGGCUACGACGGGGGCACGCCGUGCUCGCACUGGAACAACCCGCUGGCAGCACACUUUGAAGUGCACAUUGAGCAGGGACCCGUGCUCGAGGCGCACCGCGAGCGCAUCGGUGUCGUCCAAGGCGGCCAGGCGUACAAGUGGUUCAAGAUCCGGAUACAAGGCCGCGACUCGCACGCCGGCACCACGCCGUUCGACUACCGCGCCGACCCGAUGCAGGCCGCGGCGCGGUUCCUGCUCAUGACCCACGACGUUGCGCGCAGCCACAACGGCCUGGCCACCACGGGCAUCUUCCGCCUCGAGCCGGGCAGUGUCAACACGAUCCCGAACCAUGUCGAGUUUACGCUGGAUAUCCGGCACGUCGACGACGCCGUCUUGUCCGCGAUGGAGGCGGAGAUGCGCGCACGCGGGGAGGGUCUGCUGCAGACCGACAGCCGGCACCAGUGUACCAUGACGUGGGAGUUUUUGCAGGACAAUUCCGCGACGCACUUCAACGCCGACUGCAAGGCUGCCGUCAAGGAGGCUGCUCUGGCGUCCGUCUCCCCCGCAGAGGUGCGCGAGAUGGUGAGUGGUGCGGGCCACGAUUCGUGCGCAACGUCGCGCACCGUGCCCACUGCCAUGAUCUUUGUCCCCUGUGCGGGCGGUGUGUCGCAUAACCCGUCGGAAUAUGCGACGCCGGAAGACUGUGCCCUGGGUGCGCAGGUGCUGCUUGAUGCUGCGCUGUUGUACGACUCGCGCAGGACAAGGUGA